CAUGAACCCACGCAUCCAUUUAAUGCUGGAAUGGCGGUACCGCCGCUGACCUAUCUCCUGUCUUCCAGCAUGGCAUGGCUUCGGAUAUGCUUAGUACAGAGUUUUCACACAACAUAAAAAGAGACUCGAUCGAUGACACAAUUGUGAAAGUCGCAGAUUCAGACUACGGUUCAGAUUUUGAUAGUGAAGGAGACGAGGAAAUCACGCGUAUACUCUCAGAGCUUGGUGGUGCGCAAGUCGUCACUGAAUCGCUGAUCUAUGAAGACUAUGAGGGUGGGAGAAAAGGUUUGGCCCAUGUCCCGCUGGUCUCAAGUCAACACGACAGCAGUAAGACAAGUGCGAGUUCAUUUCACACGGCAAAAGAGAGUAUCGGCGCUCACGAUAGCCUCCAUGAAUUGGUCGACUUCGAUAUUCCGGAAUCACCCACUCUACCUCGAGCAUUAGAAGAAGAGCAAAACGAAUGUGAGAGACUAAAAUUAUUAGAUUCACCCAGGGAGACCAAUGUCGAAGUUCAGCACGCAGAGGAGGUCUCAGAGGCUCCAGACCAUUGGGUUUCUAAAACUCCGGGCGAGGAUCAGCAAUCGCCCAUUCAACGAUUCAGAACAUCGCCCAACAAACCACUCUCAGUGACCGAUAUCGUAUCUCCGGCUUGGUGUGAGCUGCAGUACUGGUUUUCGCUAACAAAAUUUGGCAAAAUCAAAAGAACGCCGGCUAUGAAACAGGGAACCAAAGUUCAUAAGGAACUCGAAAAUCAGGUUCACACCUAUGUGGAGAUUGACGUUGAGACCAAAGAAGAUAGAUAUGGCUUGAGGAUUUGGAAUACAAUACAAGGACUCAGAACACUUCGAGCAACGGGCUUAACCAGAGAGCUCGAGAUCUGGGGUAUUGUUGAGGGAGAAGUCGUCAAUGGUGUCAUCGACGAAUUGUCGUAUGAUUGUCCAGAUCCAGAGUUAGAAGCCAGUCUUGAACUCUCUCAUCAGUCCAGUGCGAGGGUUCCAAAUGAGCGGAAGGCUCAAGGGCCAUUCCGUACAUCUCAUCAAGAACAUUUCGAUAUUUGGCUAGACGGUCCGCGCCCUCUCCACAAAAUUUACGUCACCGACAUUAAAACCCGUAGCAGCAAAUAUAUCCCAAAAGGAACAGCAUUGCGCGGCGUCCAGAUGCAGCUCAUGCUCUACCACAGACUCCUCACCGACCUUGCCUCCAACCUGGUCCCGGCAGAUACGGUAUUCGCACGUUAUGGACUCGAUCCGCGCAAAUCGUUCACGAAAUCUUUCAUUAACAAUAUUGCUGAGUUGGAGCAUGACAUGAUAUCCGUUUGCAACACUGGGAAUCAUGAUCCUCUGAGCAGCACUACAAAACAGCGAUUCUUUGAGCUCGCACAAUAUGACUCACUUACAAGCUUGUGGUCACUUAUGAUCACAGAGAUGCAACUCACAAUCCCUAAUCCAGAGACGAUUUCUUGCGUCUUGCAGGCCGAAUUUCGCCAGGUCAACAACGGCAAGGUUAUGGGAAGUCACUGUUUCGUCUUUGAUUCUCUUGUGCUCGACCGCUACAUCUCAAAAACCCUAGACUGGUGGAAAGGACGAAGAAAUGCACGAGGUGUUGAUAUCGAGGAAGCUUACAAGUGCCAAGUCUGCGAAUUCGCGGAAGUUUGUUACUGGCGAAAAGAAAAGGUAGAGGAGGGCAUCAAAAGGCACAGAAAAAAUAGGCGAGUAGCUGAGAAGAAGUGGAAAGUCUAAAAAGCCCUCUGCGAUUUGUGCGCGCUUGCGUACAUUGUAUUAAUGCAUAGGAUACAUCAGGGAACCUUGCGUUAGUCGAAUCAUUCUGCCAAAAAAUCUCAUUUUUAUCCGUGGAGCUGUAGAUUUGUGCUUCUAUAUUGAUGGUUAGAAAAACUUUGUUGGACACUGCCGUCCGUCAUUACGUUGUAGAUUGUAUGGAGGAAGGAACAAGAAAUAACCUAAGGGUUUAGAAAUGAAAAUGAAAAAGGAAACAGG